GUAAGUUCAACCACCAACCACCCACACACAAAAAAAAAUUAUUUCUCCAACUAUAUUUCAAAAGUUUUCUUUGAUAGUUUUACUUAUCUUGUUCAACGCCAACAAUAAGUUAUAGUUCAUCACAUACAUACAUACAUACAUCUAUAACACUAAUAGAAUCAUAAUAGAAAAUGUCAGUAAUACUGUUAAUUCGUUCGGCAUACAGACCCACCAAUCAAAUAAAAUCAAUUAAUCUCAUCUCAAAUAUAUAUAUAACCAGAUCAAUAUCUUUAAAACCUGACUUUUCCAAAUUUAAAAAGAUCGAACAACCAGCAGGUCAUGUUGUAGGUACAGUCAACGAUGCCUAUGUUGCUCCUCCUGCUAGAUUUUCUGAAGGUGGUUAUCAUUGGGCUUAUGAAAAAAUAGUCACUUUAUCAAUGAUUCCAACUAUGAUGGUACCUUUUAUAUUUGGACCUGAAUAUCCUAUGAUUGAUUAUAUAUUCUCGGUAUUAUUGUUAUUCCAUUGUCAUGCUGGGUUCAAAUCUUGUAUCAUUGAUUAUAUUCCUCAAAGAGUAUUUGGUAUUUGGCAUAAAAUCGCUUCUGGUGUGUUAACUAUGGGUAGUGCUGUUAGUUUAUAUGGUAUUUAUUUACUUGAAACCAGUGGUAAUGGUAUUUUCGAAUUAGUUAGAAACUUGUUUCUUGCUUAAGUAACCACUUCAACAUGUUAAUUGAAGGAUAUCUUCAUAUUAUAAUCAUGGACUCUUUGAAAAUGUAUAUAGUUUCUACAUUUUCUGUUUAUUUAAUUAAUGUAAAUAGUAUCAUAAACAAUUGUAAUCUAGGUUUACAUCCAUUACAUUCUACAAAGUAUCAUUAUUCAUCUUUUCAUAGAGAUCUGUUGUAAUAUGAUAUGA